AAUCAACAUUGUCCAAUCAGUUCACCCACUGCGAUAAAGUUUAUUCCGCUGUGUCCAUUAAACUAUUAUUUCUAGGUGUUAGCUGUUGCCAGCGCUGGAUAGCCUUGACUGGUUUCGCCAUCCAGAUACUAAUUAAUUGGACUGGAAAUUUUAAUAAAUCCGUAGAUAUCCGCUGAAUCAGAGUGAAGCUUUUGCUUUGUUAUCACCCAGCUGGCUUGGUCAGCAGAGUGAUAACGCCACGAAAAAAAAACCGUAUUAUCAUCUUUUUGGGCUGACACGCUACACGUAACAUGGAUGACAUAGUACCCGAUGUGCUGGAUGCGGUUCCCGCUGGCACCAUUAAGGUCAUCUAUGGCGAUGACUUGGAGGUCAAGCAGGGCAACGAGCUAACCCCCACCCAGGUGAAGGACCAACCGAUUGUCAGCUGGUCUGGGCUGGAGGGAAAGUCCAACCUAUUGACCCUGCUCAUGGUGGAUCCCGAUGCACCGACUCGUCAAGAUCCCAAGUACCGUGAGAUUCUGCACUGGUCUGUGGUCAACAUUCCCGGCAGCAAUGAGAAUCCUUCUGGUGGCCACUCCCUAGCGGACUACGUUGGAUCUGGACCGCCCAAGGACACUGGCCUGCAUCGGUAUAUUUUCCUCCUCUAUCGCCAGGAGAACAAGAUCGAGGAGACGCCCACUAUAUCCAAUACUACUCGCACAGGCCGUUUGAACUUCAACGCCCGGGACUUUGCCGCCAAACAUGGAUUGGGCGAGCCCAUUGCCGCCAAUUAUUACCAGGCCCAGUAUGAUGACUAUGUGCCAAUUCGGAAUAAAACGAUCGUAGGCUAGAUUUGUGCAUAUAUCAUGCAGGGUUUUCAAUUCCCCGUCAAUAAAGUUUAACCAAUUGCUUAU